AUGAAGCGGCUGGUGGUGGUCGUCCUCCUACUGGCGGCACUAGUAGCCGUGGGCUCCUCCGCCGCGCCGGCGGCGGCGGGGGGGAUCUCCGGGAGCUCCGCCGCCAACCACCACACGAUACCGAGGAAGGAUUUUGGUGGGUUCGACGGUUCUGAGAGCCCUCCCGGCGGCGCCGCCGCCGGAGGACGGCAGGGGAAGAGUUAG